AUGUCCCUGUUAGCACCUCUGCAUAUUCCCGCGAUCCGGCCUGGUUUCGAAGCCGAUGCAACGGCUGCUGUUAAACGGCAUCCUCACCCAUGGGCCUAUGAUGGUGAUGGCUUCAGCUCGGCACAAUACCAUGCUUCGCAAUACUUUCUAGAUCGAGAUCGAAAACCAGUUUUUUAUGGCUAUCCCGAAACGCAAUAUCAGCCGUAUUGGAAUUACCGGGACCAACCCACACCGGCUGCGGCGGCCUACAUGAGCGCUAGUGAUGAGCGACAUGCUGCCGCAGCUGCCGCCCGCCAGUCCGUCGAGGGCACUUCGCAGUCGAGUUACGAAACGCCAACAUAUUCUUCUCCUAGCGGUCUGCGGGGAUACCCAAGUGAGGCCUAUUCCAGCACAG